ACCCAUUUCUGGAUUUGGGGAGCAUUGUAAGUAAGUGGUAUGUGUUUAGACUUGUGAGCUGCAGUCUGUGUUUCAGCUGAGGAAGAAAAGCUGUAACUUCAGUUCUGCUGCACAGGGGAACAAAGAGCAAUGGCUAGCAGGAAACUAUGGGGAUGUCUUAUUGUGCUCUUGGCCUUCUUUGUACAUAUUAAUGCAGCAGCCCAAACUGUAAACCAGGAGCUGUCUAACAUAAUCGGUGAGCUCUGGAAGUUGGACAAUAAUUGCUUUAAGCCUGGGACAGACUACAAGAUCUCACUGCAGGGUCGAGCUGGUUUCAUACCCAAAGGGAGCAAAGUUGCAGUCGAUCAUGCUUCAUCUCCUCUCUUCUCCUAUGUGAACGAGAACAAACUGAAAUCCAUCACUACAUACGCAAGUUUCAUGAAGCUGCUGGAUAACUAUGAAAGGUCCACUGGUGUAGCUGAAAAGGUGACUACUGAUGAGAUAGCUGAGAAUAACGCUUUCCUGGAUGCCAUCUUAGACACACAAGUCAUGAAGAGGGCUCACCAGUAUUUAGUUAAAAAGGGAAAAUCAAACUCAGACCUGAAGCAGUUUAAGAGUCAGCUGUACUACAUUUGGUUCCGACUUUACCACAGAGAUAGGCGUGGAGGAGAGGACUCCAGUGGCUUUGAACAUGUGUUUGUUGGUGAGACAAAAUCCGGCAGUGAUAUUAUGGGUCUCCACAACUGGGUCCAGUUUUACCUCCAGGAAAAGCAGAACCUCCUUGAUUAUAAGGGUUACAAAGCAACAAGGAACGAUAUGCCGGAUGCAGAUGAUCAUGUGUUGAAUGUGCAGUUCAGCUGGCAUGGUCUGCUGAAACCUGUGGGCAGUACUUUCAUCGGUGUCAGUCCUGAGUUUGAGAUGGCCGUGUUUACCAUCUUCUUCCUGACAUCCACUGAGAAAACCAGCACUGCAGUGGUGAAUAUGGACCAGUACCAACUGGAGCUUGUUGUCAACAGACAUGGACGCUCCAUCGGCACGUCCUACCCCAAACUACUGAGCAGCAACAGCAGACACCUACAGAGCAACUAAGCUUUACUUUUAAACGUUUUUUUCUGCUUGUAGCAUUUUAGAUUCAGCAGUUGUUUUAUUAGCUAUAAAAUAGUCAUGACUUGACAUUGCAUUUUAGAAUUAACUGCCAUCAUUUAAAGACCAGUAGCAUGUGUCUGAGCAAUAAGGGCAUGUUUUUAUUUUACAUAAAACUGAACUGCUAAAAGUUUGUUCUUGCAUUUUGAAAAAACCCUCCUAAUUGAAGAUGAUGUAAUUUGAAAGAUAUUGCCCAACCUGCAAGUGUUUUGCACAGUGGAAUGAACCAUUUUCUGUUUAAACCAUUUUUAAUAAAUCUACAGCAAAGUAAAA